AUGACAAUUCUUACAAAUUCCAUAUUCCCAUUUCUUCUUCUCAUUGCGGCUAUCACUGUUAGCUUAUGCCAUGGCAAUUCCAAUGUGCUUUGCAUUGAGAGUGAGAGAGAAGCUCUUUUUAAGUUGAAGAAUGAUCUGAUUGAUCCUUCAAACACCCUAUCUUCUUGGGUUGAAGGUGUGGAUUGCUGUCAUUGGAAUGGUGUCGUCUGCCACAACUCAACAGGCCACGUCCUCCAACUGCACUUGCCUGCUUCUUUUUCACCUCCUUCUGAUUGGGCACCACUUGCUGAACUGGAAGACUACCGUCAUUCAGCUCUAGAAGGCAAAAUAAAUCCUUCUCUGCUGGAGUUGCAGCAUCUCAAUUGGCUUGACUUGAGCAAUAACAAUUUUAGCAGCAUUCAAAUCCCUGAGUUUUUGGGUUUGCUGGGGAGUUUAACAUAUCUUAACCUCUCUCAAGCACGAUUCCAGGGAGCAAUUCCUCGUAACCUUGGGAAUCUCUCACAGUUGCAGUAUCUCGACCUCCGAGGUAUUUAUUUAUCAGAAGAAGUGAAAAGUCUUCAAUGGGUUUCUGGACUUUCUUCUUUGCGGUACCUUGAUUUGAGUGGCAUUCAUCUUGGUAAAGCAACUGAUUGGCUGCAGGUAACAAUAUCCAAUCUUCCUUCUUUGUUAGAGUUGCACUUGUCUGGUUGCAUGUUACAAGAUGAUACAUCUCCGAUCAGCACUGCUAAUUUUACAAAUUCACUAGCUGUUCUUGAUCUUUCUUGGGAAGAAAUUAUCUUCAGUUCCUAUGUCGAUACUUGGUCUUCAUUGUCUUGUGUCGCUUGA